GGCUUGAAAGACUCUCAUACCCCUUCUCUUCUCAGGCGUGUUCUGCAUAAAUCCUAAAUCACCUCUGCUAACGGCCUUCCCUUUCCGUUUUCUCUCAUUUUGAGAACACUCGGAAACAUCGAACUUUUCAAGAAGACUCCAUCAAGAUGGAAGACGUUGUAACGGAAGGCGAAGGAAUGCUUCCUCCAUUGAAUCUCACGGCAGAAGAAGGACGUCCAGGAGGAGUCGAAGCUGAAAACGAAACGAAAUCUGGGUUUCCCUCUGACCAAAGAGCUCGAGAGCAGAGAGAUGAAGAACAAGAAGAAGAAGAAGAAGAAGAAGAAGGGAAAGGCGGUGGUGGCCUUAUUACGAACUUGAUCUCCACCAUGGCCACUCCUUUGGGGCUGACAAGAACAGGGAAAGCUGACACACAGGACGAGCUCGGAAACGAGAUUCCGAAGAAGGAAGAUGAAGGACAUGAUGAUAUCAGAGAAGGAGGAGGAGGAGGAGGAGGGAUCUUGAAUAAUAUAAUUUCCAAUUUGUUUCAUCAAAGUGAUGAUGAACAAGGCGAGAAAAUGGAAGGCGAUGAAGAGAAGAAUAAGCAAGUGAAAACAGCGGAGGAGGCUAAUGGCGGCGUCAUUGAAAACAUCAUCUCCCACCUGCCUUCUUCAAUCCCAGAUGAUGCGGUCCCGACGGCAGACGAGGCUACCAUUCUAAUAAACUCUCUUGUUCGUGAUUAAGGUUACUGGAAUGGAAGCUUUAUUCAACUUCACAGGCAUCAGCCUUCAUUUAUUUUUAUUUUCUUCUCACAUUUUGCUUUUGUGAUACUCGUUGUUGUUAUUUUUAUAUAGAGCAAUUGUAAUUUUUUUUUCUUUUUUUGGGUAUGGACUUGUAAUUGUUCUUUAAUACAUGGACGUGGAAAACAACUCCUUAUGGGA